AUGGCCUCCUACGCAGUGGACAUAUCGGAAUACGAAAACGAUCCACGCCUUUUCCUCUUCACCUCGCUGACCGCCGGCUCCUCGCAUAUCAUCACCGCGACAUCCCGACUCGAGACAAUUCUCAAAGCCAACAAGAUACCUUUUCAAGCGAUUGAUCUAGCGACGGAUGAGAAGGCGAGAAGACUAUGGUCACGCAGGGCGCAGAAGAAGAAGCUGCCUGGGUUGGUCAAGGAUGGGUUUGUUAUAGGUGAUCUGGACGAGAUUGAAGAGUGGAAUGAGUUUGGCGAGCUGAAAGAGAACAUCGGGCCAGUACCAGCGAACAAUGCUGCGCCUGCCAGCAGUACCGUGCAGGGAGUCAACAUACGCCCAGCUGAAGCUGCGAGUCCGAAGCAGGCGCAGGGAUCGGUUGGACCGAGCAAACUUGGCGUCAACAAAGCCCCUGGACCGCUGCUGAACGAAUCGAAGGCUGUGCCGCUACCAGGAGCUGCUGAGAUGGCGGCGAGGAACAAGCCUCCGACGACCUCGAAUCCUGUCGACGAGCCGCCUGCUGUAGAGACGAUGAACACUGCGACGGGAGACAAGGAAGCGAGCGUAAGUGCUGCAAAAGCAAUCCUAAAAGACGAUCAUCCAGGAGUCGACCACCUAUCAGCCCCACCCUCGGCUCUACAGUCUGGUACCGCAACGCCAGCGCCAGAGGCUGCAACGCCAGCUACAGAUGAACAUGUGCCUGCCGAGGCAACGGAAAGGAGGAGCUCGACGCAUCAUCGGGGGAGUGAGAUUCGGGAGGCGGAUGUGGCGGAGAUUCAGAAGAUUGAGAAGGAGAAUGCUUUGCAGGAGGAGGAUGGGGAGGACGAUGAAGAGGAAGAGGUUGUAGGGAAAGGUGUGGAGGCCUUGGAGGUGAACGAGGGUGAGAAGCCGCAGGAGCAGAGUGCGAAGGAGGGGGAGGAUGCUACGAAGAGUGUGAAGGACUGA